CGGGUUUUCGCAGUUUUUGGACAAAUCCACCUCGCCAAACGUCAACGUCAAGCCAAGUUGUCGGGCCACGUAUUUUGGUUGUUUUUUAAAUGGCAAGUCGUGUUUUCUAUCAAACCCCUCAAUAGAAAAGUAAAUUGUUGAUAUCUACACCUUUACCAUGCCCCUCCGUCUGGACAUCAAACGCAAACUUACGGCGCGUUCCGACCGUGUAAAAUGCGUCGACUUGCACCCGACCGAGCCCUGGAUGCUCUGCUCGCUAUACAGCGGCAAUAUAAACGUCUGGAAUCACGAAAAUCAACAACUAGUCAAAACCUUUGAAGUUUGUGAUUUACCAGUACGUGCCGCAAAAUUCGUACCCCGCAAGAACUGGGUGAUUGCCGGCUCGGACGACAUGCAAAUUCGUGUUUUUAACUAUAAUACACUGGAUCGUGUACAUGCUUUUGAGGCCCAUUCGGAUUAUGUGCGGUGUAUUGUGAUCCACCCCACACAGCCUUACAUCCUCACAGGGAGCGAUGACAUGCUUAUCAAAUUAUGGAACUGGGAGAAAGCCUGGGCCUGUCAACAAGUCUUCGAAGGCCACUCUCACUACGUAAUGCAAAUCGCAAUCAACCCCAAAGACAACAACACGUUCGUAAGCGCGUCCCUCGACCGCACAUUGAAAGUGUGGCAACUGGGUGCUUCCACCCCCAAUUUCACGCUCGAAGGCCACGAGAAGGGGGUCAAUUGCGUCGAUUAUUACCACGGGGGCGACAAACCCUACAUCAUUUCAGGCGCCGACGACCGUCUUGUCAAAAUCUGGGACUACCAGAACAAAACAUGCGUCCAAACCCUCGAAGGCCACACUCAAAACAUCAGCUCGGUGUGUUUCCACCCUGAACUCCCAAUCGUCCUGACAGGGAGCGAAGACGGCACUGUCAAAGUCUGGCACGCUAACACACACCGUCUUGAAAGUAGCCUCAACUACGGCUUCGAACGCGUUUGGACGAUUUGCUGCCUCAAAGGCUCAAACAACGUAGUUUUCGGGUAUGAUGAGGGCAGUAUUUUGGUCAAAAUCGGGCGAGAGGAGCCGGCAGUUAGCAUGGACGCCACUGGGGGCAAAAUAAUCUGGGCCAGACAUUCGGAGCUGCAGCAAGCCAAUCUGAAGGCUUUGCCCGAGGGGGCCGAGGUCAGAGACGGGGAGCGGCUCCCAGUGGCUGUGAAAGACAUGGGGGCCUGCGAGAUCUACCCCCAGACGAUCCAACACAACCCCAACGGCCGGUUUGUUGUUGUGUGCGGCGAUGGGGAGUAUAUUAUUUACACGGCGAUGGCGUUGCGGAACAAGGCCUUUGGGGCGGCUCAGGAGUUCGUUUGGGCGCAAGAUUCGAGCGAAUAUGCGAUUAGGGAAGCGGGGUCUACGGUCCGUAUUUAUAAAAACUUCAAAGAGAAGAAGAAUUUUAAACCGGAUUUUGGGGCCGAAGGGAUUUUCGGGGGGUGGUUACUUGGGGUUAAGUCAGUGGCGGGGUUGACGUUCUACGAUUGGGAUAGUUUGGAUUUAAUCCGAAGGAUUGAAAUCCAGCCAAGGGCGAUCUACUGGUCCGAUAACGGCAAAUUGGUGUGUCUUGCGACCGAAGAUAGUUAUUAUAUCUUAUCGUACGAUUCGGACCAAGUCCAGAAGGCUAAGGACGAGGGACAGGUGGCUGAGGACGGGGUUGAGUCAGCGUUUGAGGUCCUGGGGGAAGUGAACGAGACAGUUCGGACGGGGUUGUGGGUCGGCGAUUGUUUCAUUUACACGAAUGCCGUCAACCGAAUUAAUUAUUUCGUUGGGGGUGAGCUUGUAACCAUAGCUCACUUGGACCGGCCUUUGUACGUCCUCGGCUAUGUCCCGCGUGACGAUCGGCUCUACCUCGCUGAUAAGGAGUUAGGGGUUGUCAGUUAUCAGUUAUUAUUGUCGGUACUCGAGUAUCAAACUGCAGUAAUGCGUCGUGACUUUACCACAGCCGAUAGAGUAUUACCCUCGAUUCCGAAGGAACACCGGACUCGAGUGGCCCACUUUUUGGAAAAACAAGGCUUCAAAAAACAGGCCCUUGCUGUGAGCACGGACCCCGAACACAAAUUCGAACUAGCCUUAGCCUUGGAGGACUUAAACACCGCUCGAACUCUGGCCCAAGAAGCGAACAAUCCGCAAAAGUGGAGCCAAUUGGGUGAAUUAGCCGCUUCGACUAACAACCUCCAACUAGCCAAGGAGUGCAUGCAAAGGGCGCAGGACUAUGGGGGCCUCCUUCUCCUGGCUACGAGUUCCGGUGACGAAAAACUUGUGAAAACACUGGGCGAAAAUACACACUCUGAAGGCAAACACAACUUGGCUUUCUUGUCGUUUUUCCUUUUGGGAGAUUUGGACAAGUGUCUGGAGAUUUUGAUUUCGACGGGGCGUUUGCCCGAAGCCGCGUUUUUCGCUAGGUCGUACUUGCCCGAUAAGAUAUCCGAAGUUGUGUCCUUGUGGAAGGCGAAGUUGUCGACGACGAAUGAAAAGGCGGGGCAGAGUUUAGCCGAUCCGAAGGAUUACGAAAAUUUGUUCCCGGGUUUGAAUGAUGCGAUUGCUGCUCAACAUUUUUAUAGUAUGGGGAGGAAAGGGUUACCGUUGGCCAAAGAUGCGAAGAAAAUUACGCCGAAUCAUGAGAGAAAUGUUGUGCAAGAGAUGAAGGCGCAAGGGGGCGAAGGGUUCAGUGUGCCAGUGGCGCAGACUAGCCAACCGGUUCAGAGUGAAAUGAAAGCGCCGCCCAGAUUGCAGCAAGAGGAUGAAGAUGAUCUUGAUCUGGAUUUGGAGGGAGUUAACAUUGAUGAUAAUAUAGACACCACGGAUAUCAAUAUUGAUGAUGAUUUGUUAAGUGAUUAAUAAGGAUAAUUAUCCAAUACUAAUAUUUAAUCCGAGAUUUAAUCGUUAAUGUUUUUUAUUGUCAAGUAUUUUAUGUAGGUAUUCCAUAAGAAUUAAAGUUACAUACAGUUUCUCAA